AUGCUUAAUAAUCAACCCAAUCAAGCAUCAUUUAGCAAGAAUUCAACAUCCUCCUACAAAUUCUUGAUUCGAAAUUUCUACCAAUGGUAUAUUGGAUCGUGUUUUUUACUUGCGAAGAUGUUCCUCAGUACAAAAUAUAACUGGAAAAUGACACGCAAUGAAAAUUACCUAUUAAUUUCUCGCAGAGAAAAUAUAGUUUAUUCGCACUUUGGCAUUACUCUGAUAAAAAUGCAGAUAUUUCUAGAACCUACUGUGCUUUUAAGAGUCUCGAGAGAACUUUAUAAAACGCCUUUACUAUUCUACCACCUAAUCUUAAUAAUUUAUCAAACUUCUAAAGAGAUCGGUUUAAUUUUAAUAAUACUCAUUUUUAAAAUAUGGAGUCCAUUUACUUACCUUUUGGCUGUCAGUAAACUUAUAUUUUACAAAUAUCCUCUAUUCUCAUGUAAAACCCAUCUAAAGAUGAUAAUUGAUAAAUCUCUGAAGAUAUUUCCACUUUGUCAUUCAAUAUUAAAUACUUGUAACCUAAACUUAUUUUCACAAAGAAAACUUCUGACCACAAUUAAAAUUCUCGAGGCUUUAAAUUGGUGGCAGCAGAAGGUCAGUGUUCUUUUGACUACCGGUGGACAUGCGAGAUGGCCAACAAGUUCCCCUUCCUCCAACACAGUUACCAAACAUGAUAAUACUCCAGAUCUAGUGGAAUUGUUAAAAGGGACCAGUGACAUUGCUGACAAAUAUCUUCAAAGUUGCACGGAAGUUCGAUGA